AUGGAAAGCCAGGUAGAUGGACGACCAUACAGGUCUCACAUUCACCCAGCUUGCUUUUCAUGCAGAAAGCGCAAGUCCCGCUGUAAAACCAAGAGCCCUGCGGAAAUUUGUGUCAUGUGCCAGGAAUAUGGCACUGAAUGUGUUUUUCCGCGCGCGGACGACCCGCGAAUCCCUCGCCAGAGAAACCGGCCGCGGAGAGUGGUCCCUAAUGCAAGAUCAUCCAAAUCCAUAGAACACAGGUCAUACCCCCAUCCUCAGACCCAGUCUCAUGCAAACUCAGCUGCCAAUCGAGACGAGCAGCGACCAAAUGGUCCCCAACCGCAUGUUUCUGCGGACUCUGAGCUCCAAGAGCGAUCACGCGUCCGCGAAAAUGCUUCAUGUACCGCUGCCCCAGGGGUUAGGACAGGAAGCUUCCCUCACUUCAUGGGAAUUGGCGCAGAAUCCGAGGGCGAUGGCUCUCACAUCAUCAGCCCAGCUGUCGCCGAUGAUAACGAGAUUUUAGAAAGCUAUCUCUCGACGAUUCCCUUCGCUCAAAAGAGAUGCAUGAUUCCGACAGGCUCAAAUUCCAACCGACAUUUCGGCCCAGUGUGGUUCAAUGUUGUGCCCAGGCGGCCCUUGGGUGUUGUAGCAAACCAGUCAUUUGCUGCCUCGAAAUGUGAGCUCAUUGAGAAGUAUAUGGACCCUGAUAUCGAGGAGUACAUAAAUUUCUUCAGGUUCUUUCUCAAAGCCAAUCCAUGCUUCCCUGUAUUCGACGAAGUUUCUUUCCGGAGCAGUUAUUCCUCUCACAAAGAGAAAAUCUCUCCUGCCCUGCUCUGCAAUCUGUACGCCAACUCUCUUAUUUAUUGGGGGAGCUCUACCAAGUUGUCUUCCGGUCGCAUUCCAGACAUCCGUUAUAUCUGGAACCAGGCCAAUGAGGCUCUUCAUUCCGAAUUAUUUCUGUCACCCGGGCUUUCAUCAAUAAUGGCUAUACUCAUCAACGUCAAUGGCAGGCCCAGUACUUCGAUGUUCGGGAAUGGAGGCAUGGUUGGAAUGGCGGUUGCGUUGUCCAAUGCGUUGGGACUCAAUCGCGACCCUACCGGCUGGAGCAUAUCACCGCUGGAAAAAAGCUUGAGGAUAAGGAUCUGGUGGCUGGUACUUAUACAUGAUCGCUGGUGCAGUCUGGCCUACGGUACGCCUUUGCACGUGCAUCGCGCGCAGUACGACGUGCCAUUUCCAUCUGUCGAAGAUAUCUGCCCCGGCUCUGCUUCACCUAGUGAUAAGGCUGCUGCAUCUGUUUUCGUGGCUUUGACAACCCUGACCGACGUGCUGGCACGCUACUUGGAGCAUGUAUACAGCGUUUCGAGAGAAUUCCUGCAGACCACCAAGAUGUCUGAGAUGGAUCUGGAGCAGAUCCUCCGAGACUGGGAGGAAUCUUUGAGUGACAACAUGCGCCAUCUUGUGUUCCGAGGGACCCGUUUAGACAUCCCUGGGGCUGCGAAUUUUCGGAUGGCGUACCUCUCUGUCAAGCUUCUGCUUCGCCGACUCCAACUCAAUAUGAACAAGCGAGCCCUGGACUUUGAAGAUGAUAUCGUAACUCCAAUCUAUGUGCAUGCCCAGAGAGCGGCAGAAGAGAUCGCUUAUCUCGUGCAGGAACUAGACGAAAGUCAAUUCCGUGGAUUUUGGAUUCCAGCCCACGCCUUCUCUUUGACCUCUGCAACCAUGUUCCUGCUCCGCAGUGGUCUGCGGAUGAGGAAUUAUGGCCGUAACGCGGCACUUCAGACUGCUCGGGACAUGAUAAACGCCCUCCAGUCUCAUCGCCAAAACUACAAUUGGGAUCUUGCAGACAAUUGUUUGACUCAAUGCUCUGAAUUACUUGAGAGGAUUGGUGCAGCUGAGUCCAACAGGAGUAUAGAAGCACCAGAGUUCUCGAGUAUUCCGAUGAACUUAGACGAUCUGGACAUAGAUCCUUCUGUCUUGGAAGAGUUCUUUGGCAACACUGGCUUCGGUAGUGCUGGCUUCACGGAAGGACUGGAACUCUGGUAG